GCAGAUAAACACGGGGGCAGGAGGCGGGAGCGGGGGGGCCCGGCGCGGCCCGGUGCCCCCGCUUUUAAGAGGCGGCGGCGGAGCGGGAGGGCGAUGGUGAUGGCGAUGCGUGGGGACGACGGCAGGGCGGCGGGCGAGCGGGCAGCGCAGCCCAUGCUGCCGCCUAUGGAGGUGGCCGAGGAGCCGGACAAAGCCAGGCGCAGGGACCCCAACCCCUACAAAGUGCUGUCGCUGGUAUUGUGUGUCUGCGUGUUAACCGUAAUCUUAGGAUGUAUAUUUGGACUGAAGCCAAGUUGUACAAGAGAUGUUAAAACCUGUAAAGGCCGUUGUUUUGAGAGGACAUUUGGAAGCUGCCGCUGUGAUGCCGAUUGUGCCAAACUUGGAAAUUGCUGCUUAGAUUUUCAGGAGACAUGUAUAGAGCCAGCUCAUAUAUGGACCUGCAAUAAAUUCCGGUGUGGAGAAAAGAGGCGACCUGAGUAUCAUUGCUCCUGUUCAGAUGAUUGUGUGGAAAAAGAUGAUUGUUGCUUGAAUUACUAUGCAAUUUGCCAAGGAGAAAAAAGUUGGGUGGAAGAAAAAUGUGAGAACAUUAAUGAAUCCCAGUGUCCAGCAGGGUUUACAAAACCCCCACUCUUACUGUUUUCCUUGGAUGGCUUCAGAGCAGAGUAUUUGCGUACAUGGGGUGGACUUCUUCCUGCUAUCAGCAAAUUACAAAAAUGUGGAACAUAUACUCCCAGCCUGAUACCUGUCUAUCCAACAAAAACAUUUCCCAAUCAUUACUCCAUUGUCACAGGGCUGUAUCCUGAAUCCCAUGGUAUAAUUGAUAACAAGAUGUAUGACCCAAAAAGAAAUGCUUCCUUUACACUUAAAAAUGCAGAGAAGUUUAAUCCACAGUGGUACCAAGGAGAGCCUAUCUGGUUGACAGCUAUGUAUCAAGGUCUAAAAGCUGGCACAUAUUUCUGGCCAGGAUCAGAUGCAAAAAUUAAUGGAACUUUUCCAAAUUUGUAUAAAAUAUACAAUAGUUCAAUCCCAUUUGAGGCAAGGGUGACAACUAUUCUUCAGUGGUUGAAGUUACCUGAAGAGGAAAGACCACACUUUUACACUCUGUAUUUAGAAGAACCUGAUACCUCAGGCCACAAGUUUGGACCAGUCAGCAGUGAAGUCAUUCUUGCAUUACAGAGAGUGGACAGGAUAAUUGAGAUGCUGAUGGAUGGUCUCAAACAAAUGAAUUUGCAUAAAUGCCUAAAUAUCAUCCUUGUAUCUGAUCAUGGAAUGGAAGUAGCUAGCUGCAGAAAAACAGCCUAUCUGAGCACAUAUCUGGACAAUGUGAAUGAUUUCAUGAUUGUGGCAGGCCCCGCAGCUCGCUUGAGACCAAUUAAUGUUCCAGAUGAGUAUUUAUCUUUUGAUUAUGAAGGCAUUGUCAGGAACCUUACAUGUAUUGACUCCAAUCAGCCUUUCAAGGCAUAUAUGAAAUGGCAGUUACCCAAGCGUUUUCACUUUGCCAACAAUGACAGAAUAGAACCAGUGCAUUUUUACUUAGACUCACAGUGGCAACUUGCUCGGAAACCAUUUGAAAUCAAGUUUUGCAAAGGUGGAUUUCAUGGCUCAGACAAUCUCUUCCCAAAUAUGCAGGGUAUCUUUAUUGGCUUUGGACCUGGAUUCAAGUUUAGUACUAAGGUUGACCCAUUUGGAAAUAUUGAAAUCUAUAAUUUAAUGUGUGACCUGCUUGAUUUGAUACCAGCCUCUAACAAUGGGACUCAUGGAAGCCUAAACCACCUUUUAAAAAACCCUGUUUAUAUCCCAAGCCAUCCGGAGGAAGUGAGCCGUCCUUCUUCAUGUUCAGUCAUGAAACUAAGACCCUUUCCAGUGAACCGUGGCUGCAUAUGCAGUUCAUCAGGUUUGCCAAUAAGGGACUUUCACCAACGUUUAAAUCUCACUGCAUCACAAGAAAAGAACAUAGAAGAAUACAAUUUGCCAUAUGGGAAGCCUAGGGUUCUACAGAAGAAAAGCAUCUCUUGCCUCCUCUACCAUCACCAGUAUGUGAGUGGAUACAGCAAGGACCUCAGCAUGCCUUUGUGGAGUGCCUACACUAUUAGCAAAUCUGACACUUGGGUUGGGUCUAUGGAAAAUAUCUCCAGCUGUUUACAUAUGGAUAUUCGCACCCCUUCCAGUCACAACCAGCUUUGCUCGUUCUACAAGAAUCACCCUCGACUAAACUACGGAUUCCUUUCUCCGCCAAAUUUAAUAAAAGACACGAAGAACAGCCACUAUGAAGCACUACUUAGCAGCAACAUUGUGCCAAUGUAUCCUGGUUUUCAAGUGUUGUGGAAUUAUUUCUAUGAAGUCCUGCUACCAAAAUAUGUUGUGGCAAGAAAUGGUGUCAAUGUAAUCAGUGGCCCUGUGUUUGAUUAUGAUUACAAUGGGAUCUAUGAUGUCCCAGAAAAAGUGAAAAGGCAACCAGGAAAUUCAGAAGUUCUGAUUCCAACUCACUACUACAUUGUGCUGACAAGUUGUAAAAAUAUUUCACAGACACCUCUGGAGUGUGAGGGGGCUCUAGAUGCCUUAUCCUUCAUCAUACCUCAUAGAGAAGACAACAGUGAAAGCUGUGCAAAUGGUAAAUCUGCAUCUUUGUGGGCCGAAGAGAGAAUGAAGUUUCAUACAGCUCAGAUCAGAGAUGUGGAACUUCUUACUGGCCUCAGCUUCCAUCAAGACAGAAAACAACCUGUAUCUGAUAUUUUGCGGUUAAAAACAUAUUUACCAACUUUUGAUAAAGUGUAAGUUUUUCUAUAAAAUGGUUCUGCCGAUUUUGCAAAGGAUUUGUAAAUAGACUCUUUUACUUGCAGAUUUUUUUAAAAUGAUCUGGAACACUUAAUCAGAGCUAUUGGCCAAAACAUGAGAAGAAUCUAUGCCACACUUGUAUCUCAGGGACACUGGAUGAACUAUGUACAACACAGGAAAGCAGCUCCUGUUGAAUUUUAUUCCUUCACUUGACCGUGGUAGACAUAUGUCCAUUGAUAAAGCCAUUCUACCAGCAUUGGAAAUUUAUAUGGCAAGACACUGAGAAGAACACUAAUUAUACCUUUUAAAAACAUUGGAGAAGCUUAUGAGGGAGGAGUGCCGAUCAAAACUGUGCUUAAAAGUGGGGGUUAUUGGCACAUGUUUUAACUUUUGGGAACUCAUUGCAAUCCAUCUUAGUGUUGUUCACUCAACAAAAACUCCUUUCAACUUGGCUUCUUCUGGGAGGGUGAAGGUCUUGUGGAUUAGAUUUUGAUCUUUGUGCCAUUUAAAAUUUCAUGUGAUAAUGCACUGCAUAAAGCUAUAUUGUUGUAAUGUCACCCAUCUCCCACAGUAGGGAUGGAGACCAAAACCAUCAGCACCAUAAGACAGACCUCUAACUAGUGAAGUAACUCUGAUAG